UUGUCAGGAGCAGUGGCUUUUGGAAACCAACACUCGAACAUCAAAAUUUAGAAACAUUAGCUCACGGACUCUCCCGGUCACACUAGCCAACUCCUCCGGCGCCCCGCCGAUGUCCAAAUUGAACUGAGUACGCCUUUCCCCAAGUAGCAGUCGCCGUACUCCGUCUCCGUAUUCCAGAUCGCAUACCAUCCCAUUCCCAGACACAACCGAAAGCCAUUGCCAGCAGUCGAACAGACAGGCCAAAGACACUCCCACUCCAGAGGAAACGGAGAGUGUGUGCGUGUGCAGGUUCGUAUGUAUGUAUGCGGUCUAGUUGGCCAACCGCAAAAUUCUUGCCAAACAAAAUAAAGAAAACAACGAGCGAGGAGAACUAACUUGGGCCAAAGCAAAGCAGCAGAGUCAAGCGGCAACGGAAAUUGUUAACCUUUGGGGAUAUCAAACAUUUACGAUUGCGUGGCAGCGGCAGCAACAUUUAAGUUUUUAUCAGCACAAAAUAAAGUUUUGGUUUACGGAUUGUGUUUCUGGCCCGCUUCGCAUCGCCCCCUCCACCCUCGCCCAUUAUUUGGCCAGCGGCAGCCACAAGUGCCCAAGAGCAGAAACAAAAUCAGAAUCUGAAGCAAAAGGACGAACAGGAGUUGGAUCUCGGGCUGAAGGCUCGUCCCUGUUGAUUCCGGGGCACGCAGAAACUUUUAUCCUUUUCAAUUUCGUUUUUCUUAGCAAGUACUUUUGAGGGAUUUAAAUUUGUGUUUGCUGCCGGGCCAACAGCGCAACAACCGUGGGAGCGGCGGCGUCGACUUGCUGGCGACCAGCCACUAUGAAGGAAAAGAAGAAAAACCGUAUAGUAACUCCAACAAACCUUGAACAACCUGGACCUUCGCAUUUUGUAAGCUCGGAGGAGAGUCAAUCGGACAUCGAGAACCAGGCCAUCGUAUCAUUUGAAUCCGGAGUGCCCUUCAUCCUGGUGGAUGGAUUGCCCAUUUCCGAUCGCUACGAUCUGGAAGAAUCUCUUUACCAAAUGGAAGAGGAGAGGAUGAAGAAGGUAACCUCUGAAAUAGAGAACAACCCGGGAUCUGAAUUGGAUGAUGUAGAACCCCCCUCAGAGUUGGAUUUACCAAUUAUACUAAGCGCAAAGGCACUGGCCAAAAUCAAAGCGAAACAAGAUGAAAUCCGUUUUCAAGAGGAUCUCCGUAGCCUUCGAAUUUCACGGCCAGAAGAUGAUGAGGAAGUUAAUGACUCAGCAAUCGUUCCGGAAAGCCAGAGAAAUUGCGAGUUGGAAGUGUUCCUGAAUGAAAGCAAGCUGCUAUUGCAAACUACCUCGAAUCUGGAGCAGAUUCGCUGCAAGUUGGAGCAGCUGAAAAACCUGCAGGAGCAGAUCAUGAUGGCGAAAUCAGUACAUGAGGUGGAAAUCCCUUCAUCAAUUCCCGAGAGGCCAAGUAUUCGACGGCAGGCAACCUUCGAUAUUAAACGUGACGGCGACCAAAAAGGAGAUCACCCAGAGGUUUUCAUUGACCCCGCAGAUUGUCCAAGAAAAUCGCAGUCGCUGACUCGAGAAAUACCAACUAUUCAGCGAUCUAAAGGAACGUUCAACAUUCCAAACUCCGUGAUUUUAAGAAACCGGGAGAAAUCAAUGCCCACCGAAUUUCCAAAGGAAUCGCUGGGAACUCAACAGAUCAUCAGCCAGAUUGGCAACCUCCUCAUGAAACUGCAGCUCCAGCGCGAUAACAGCAAAGUCCUGGAGGAGGGAUCCUCCUACUCCUACAUGGUAACCAUUAAACCAGCUGGAGGGAACCCGAAUUGUUCGGUGCAUGCAAUUACGAGCCUCAAGUCCCGCGAAGUGAAGCCGAUUGCUCAGCCCCAGAAUCUAAGACCUCCCCAAGCUCCCUUAAUUAAUGUUUUCACUCCUGCCAAUACAAUGAGAUCAUCGGAUGCCUCUCAGAUUUCCAUAAGUUCUCGCAGCACGGAUGGUAACUCCUUUGCCACGAUGUCCCUUCCUGAACCCUCAUCUUUGCGGGUCAAGUCCCCAUACCUGCGCAAAAGACCCUGCUCCUUCCUAAAAGUUCCUGCCCCGGCUAGAUAUUGUCAUGGUAGAAAGAGGGAUUAAGAUGGUGUUCAGUUGCUAUUUCUCGAAGGCUUACAUAUAUUUUUUUCAAUGAUCACUGAACUGCCUUAAACUGAAGAUAUUAAAAAAGGUACAUAAAAAUUAACAUGUUGAAAAUUAAAUUAUUAUUUCAUGCCAAUGACAAAUGCAAAAAAGCUAAUGGAAUGGAAACAAUGCGAAAUCAAAUAAUUCCUUUAAUAAUAUUAUAUUAUCGCAUGAUGAAACGAUUUGCAUAAGAACUUAAUAUAAAAUACUCUGUGAUAAAUCAGCUACAGUUAUAUUUUUUAUAUUUAAAGAAUUAAAAUGUAAUCAGAA